AUGAUUAGGAUCAAAAACCCCUUGGCUCACCUUUCCACUGAGGAAGUCAUCAAGGAUGUUGAGGAGUUCGCAAGGAGCAAUGACUUCACGGACCUCACAGACCUCCUCGUAAGGGGCGCGCUUGUCGCAAAGGAUCCUCCUGCCUUUGAGAGCGUUCCAGGUCUUACCGAGCCGGAGAAAGAAGCCAUUCGCAACGAGGUCCUGCACAAGUGGCGUCAACCAAAGUCGCUCUACUUCACCAUUAUCCUUUGCUCUAUCGGAGCAGCCGUACAGGGUUGGGAUCAGACGGGCUCCAAUGGCGCCAACCUCUCCUUCCCUGAUGCUUUAGGCAUUCCGAUCAGCGACCAGCUGGCAAAUGGACAACCCAACCCAAACGCAGCACGCAAUCAGUGGUACCAAGGCCUGAUAAAUGCCGGUCCCUACAUCGCCUCAGCAUUCAUUGGCUGUUGGUGUUCUGAUCCCCUCAACAACUACUUUGGUCGCCGAGGAACCAUCUUUGUGUCUGCCGUCUUUUGCUUCCUGAGCCCAAUUGGUUCUGCUGUCGCCCAGACGUGGGAUCAACUGCUCGUCACUCGACUUCUGCUCGGCAUUGGGAUGGGCUGUAAGGGUUCAACCGUCCCCAUCUUCAGCGCAGAAAAUGCACCUGCGUCGGUUCGAGGUGGGCUAGUGAUGAGUUGGCAAAUGUGGACAGCUUUCGGCAUAUUUUUGGGCACUUGUGCCAAUCUGGCUGUCAAGGACACCGGCUCCAUCUCGUGGCGCCUUCAGUUUGGAUCUGCUCUGAUCCCCGCCUUGCCUCUUCUCAUCGGAGUUUACUUCUGCCCAGAGUCUCCCCGCUGGUACAUCAAGAAGGGCAAAUACCGCAAUGCCUUCCAAUCACUCCAGCGUCUCAGAAACACCGAUCUCCAGGCCGCCCGUGAUUUGUACUACAUCUUUGCUCAACUGCGCAUGGAGGCCAGCCUGGUCAAGAAGAAGACCAACUAUGUGACGCGCUUUAUUCAGUUGUUCACGAUUCCACGAGUUCGCCGAGCCACUUUGGCAUCCUUCACCGUGAUGAUUGCACAACAAAUGUGCGGGAUCAACAUCAUCGCCUUUUACAGCUCCACUGUGUUCUCCGAGGCCGGUGCAUCUGUUACUGACUCACUGUUGGCAUCCUGGGGCUUUGGGCUCGUGAACUUUGUAUUUGCGUGGCCCGCAAUUUGGACCAUCGACACCUUCGGCCGCCGAUCGCUCCUGUUGUUCACGUUCCCGCAGAUGGCAUGGACCUUGCUCGCUGCAGGUCUUUGCUAUUUGAUCCCAUCGUCAAGUUCAGCGCAUCUGGGUCUGGUCGCCCUUUUCAUCUACUUGUUUGCAGCCUUCUACUCUCCAGGCGAAGGUCCUGUGCCUUUCACAUACUCAGCCGAGGUCUUCCCUCUCUCACACCGUGAGGUGGGUAUGGCAUGGGCAGUGGCAACCUGCUUGUUUUGGGCAGCCGUCCUCUCAAUCACUUUCCCGCGAAUGCUGUCCGCCAUGAGUCCAGCAGGUGCCUUUGGAUUCUAUGCCGGUCUCAACAUCUGUGCACUCGUCAUGAUUUUCCUCUGGUUGCCAGAAACCAAACAAAGGACCUUGGAGGAGCUUGAUUAUAUCUUCGCCAUUCCGACCCGCACCUUUAUGAAGCAUCAAGUAGGCACCGUUCUGCCGUGGUGGAUCAAGACUACCAUCUUCCGCCGCAAGAUAGGUCCUUGCCCUUCACUUUGGUCAUUUGAUGGUCAUGUCGACAACGACAAAGAGUUCGUGGAGACCAUCCGCAGACAAAGUGAGGCUAUCCAGGGCGGUCGGCGCCGGAGCAGCAUUGCAGAUAGGAUUGCCAACCGAUUCUAA